UGGAGCCCGGCGCCGCGGCCCCGGCCCUACCGCGUCUGCAACUGGGACCGCAGCUUGCGCAAGGGCAUCAUGGCACGGAGCCUCGCUGAGCUGCUGCUCCAGGUUCAGAGCACCCUGCUCGCGCCGGAGCCUGUCUCGCUGGUCCUGGAUGAGGAUGGCACGGCCGUGGAGACGGAGGCUUUCUUCCGGACGCUGGAGGAGGGCACGGUGCUCAUGGCCCUGAGCGAGGGGCAGACGUGGUGUGCCUCCAAGACGCCAGGCUACCAGCUGAGCUUGUCCCGCAAGCCGCGCCGCAGGAUCGACGUGGCCUGCAUCACCUUUGACCUCUACAAGACCAGCCCCAAGGACCUGGGCUGCCUCAAUGUCAAAGCCACCCUCUAUGGCACCUACAGCAUGUCCUAUGACCUGCGCUGCUAUGGGGCCAAGCGACUCAUGAAGGAAGCUCUGCGCUGGACGCUCACCAUGCAGGCCACGGGCCAUGUGCUGCUGGGUACCUCCUGCUACAUGCAGCAGCUCCUGGAUGCCACAGAGGAGCCCAAGGAGGACCACGCAGAGAGCACCCCAGCCCUGCAGAGCCUCCUGCCGCUGCCCCGCAGCCAGACCCUGCAAUGAGGGCUCAGCACUGCAGCCCCUCCGCACGCGCCCUGGGGAUGCACAUCCCAUCCCUCCUAGGUCAAUGCACGUGGGGAGACUGCUUGCACUGCACUGUGGCACCCAUUUCUUCCCCCCGCCGGCUUGGUGCAACCAGGGCAGCUGGGACCUGCCUGGAUGCCUCUCCCUUGCACGUUGCUGGCUGAAUGCAGCCAGGUCUUCUCUGUGGUGUCUGCUACUCUGUAAAUAUAUUUAUUUAAGUAAAGCUCUAUGUACUCCA